GUCGUUCUUCGUGGAUCGGCGAGCUAGUCUUCCGCGGUAAUCCAGUUUGAACAGUCGCGCGUCCUCCCGCACGCUAUUAGCUUAGAUGCGAAGGAAGUCAAUCGAGAGGAAAAAGUGGUUCAGACAAGUUUUGUGCCCUCCUGUUAAUCAAAAGUGAUAGUGUUGGUUGUGUGCCCGAAGAAAAAGAAAACAAAGGAGCAAAUGUUUUGUGGAGACAGAAUCCGAUCGAGCUGCCGCAGUCAUUAGCCCGUUUGGAGUGUUUGAAUGAACACUAAAAACAACAGAACAGUGGAACUCCUUUGUUUGGUGUUGGAUACAGCGCUAAUUUGAAUAACAAUUAGCUGGGUGAACCGGGCGAAAGAAAGAGGAACCUGAGCUAAGGUUUGCCGAUGAUGGAUCGACUAUCGCAACAAGCAGAUUCAUCCAGUGGAAAUACUGAGUUCACAGUUCCUGGUAGAUUCCAGAACUUAUUUCCGAUUGGAAUAGGUGCUCAGGGUGCCGUGUGUGCGGCAAUUGACACAGUGACUGGAAUGCCGGUAGCAAUCAAAAAACUAUCUCGACCAUUCCAAGACGUGACGCAUGCUAAACGAGCCUAUCGUGAAAUAAAGCUGAUGCGCUUAGUCGAUCAUCCUUUCAUCAUCAAACUGCUUUACGCGUAUUCACCGCAGACGACUUUGCGAUCCUUCAGGGACAUAUAUCUGUUCACUGAACGAAUGGACACGAACCUCAGUGCUGUGAUCGGUAAUCCAUUGGACCACGAAAGACUAUCCUUUCUGAUCUAUCAAAUGCUGUGUGGAAUUAAGUAUUUACAUUCGGCCGGGAUAAUUCAUCGUGACCUGAAACCUACUAACAUAGUUGUGCGAGCGGAUUGCUCUUUGAAAAUUCUCGAUUUUGGUUUAGCACGAAGCGUAGGAACAACCUUUAUGAUGACCCAGUAUGUGGUGACGCGGUACUAUCGGGCACCUGAGGUUAUACUGAACUUAGAUUACGAUACCAAGGUUGACAUUUGGGCAAUAGGCUGUAUUAUGGCGGAACUUUUAACGGGACAAGUACUGCUUCCCGGUACCGAUCACGUAGAUCAAUGGAACCGAAUCAUCACUACGUUAGGGACACCAUCCGCCGAAUUCAUCUCACGAUGCAAUCAAUCGGAACGCAGAUAUAUCGAAACCUUACCCGUCCAUCCACGACCUCAGUUCGAUCAACUGUUUCCGGAUUCCUCGUUUUUAGUUGUUGAAGGAACACGAACCGUUAGUUUGAACAACCAAAACGCUCGGGACAUACUCCAACGGAUGUUGGCCAUCGAUCCGUUGGAGCGAAUAUCGGUCCAGGAUGCGCUCGCUCAUCCGUAUGUGAAUGUUUGGUUCCAGGAAGACGAAGUUAACCGGCCGGCUCCGGCACCGUACGAUCAUGCUUUCGACGAACAGGAACUGACCAUCGAUCAGUGGAAGGCGUUACUGUUUCAAGAAAUUCAAGAGAUUCAAGGACUGACGCUCGGGACGUCCACGUCCGAUAACUGACGAAACAUGAAUGUUGGUUUAUGGGACCAACAGUAAUGCAAUAAAUUAGUACCUAAAAAUGACGCAUUUUUCCUGUCCUGUAAGUUUUUAUGUAGUUUUGUUGUACUUUAUUUCGAGUUUUAUUCUAAUUUAAUUCAAAGUAUUGAAUUGUAUGCCGAAAAUAUGCGACAGAGUUUA